AUGGACUUUGUAAUCCCUCUGCCGAGAUCUCGUCGUGGAAACACUGCUCUGUUGUUAUGGCACUGCUCGGUUACCGGCGAUGUCGACACCGAUGCACUGACUGUGACCAAGGUGUUCGAAGAAUGCAUCUAUAGACGAUUUGGGGCUCCGUCUCUUAUUCGUCACGACCGCGACCCGCGCUUCAUGAGCGAGGUCUUCCAAGCGUAA